CAGUUAUAGUUUUAGAACGGGUCCUCAUUUUGUUGGUGGCAAAAAUUGUUUACUUUCAAAAAAUUAACUAAUACACAAACUGACUUUUAUAAUUAUCUAAGCUAACUAGUGUAUCUGAUUUUUUUUUAACUUUAGUGUCAGCAGUGCCACCUUAUCUUUAAUAUACAUACAAGAUGUAUCUUAUUUUUCCUCUGGUUGCGACACUGAUAAAUGUGGGAGUAUCAUUAAGUGAAUCAGUGGAGUAUCAUCAAAAUGGAAUACUAUCACCAUCUAUAAAUAGAAACCAAAACACUGGUUUUACAAACAAUAACGGCAAUGAUUUGUCUUUAAAACUUAAACAAAGGGCUUUAGAAAAUUUAAAGGACCAUUCAAACUGGAACAAAUUUAAUUACAAAGUUGAACAAAAUUUCCGGGACAUUCCCACUCAUACUGAGCCGAUCGAUGAUUUGCUGUUUGAUUACUUUGAUGACUCACUACCAAACGAACUGGACGAAGCGAUGAUAAGUCAACUGUCAAAAUAUCUUUCGUCACUUUUAACCCAGCCAAAAUGGGAAACACCGUUAGUGAUUGUCGAGGACCCGAUGCUCGACGAAGAGAGUGAAGACUCAAGUGAACUUGACAUGAUGCAUUCUGUUGAUAAGAGAUCGAGAUACUAUCGCCGCUACCCAUGGAAGCGUCAACACUUGAGAUCUGGAAAUUCAUUUGAUUACGAGUCAGCACGUCUCUGUACUCCUUCACGAGAAGAUGUUUUGCAAUUAUUAGUCGCUCUACAUGAUGUACGUCAGGGAAAUAAAUCACGGACUGUUAAUUUCUGCAAAACUCGGCGACCUGUCGGCAAAGUCUUCACCAAUAUUCGAUUCCUCGGCCGUAGAAAGUAAUUGAUUUAACAAAUAAAAAUACCAAGAACUUAAACCUCGACCGCAUUGCAGCUCAAAUUAUUUAUUUAUUUAUUUACUGUACGAUGUCUUUUAUUUAUUAAAGUACCUGAUAUCACUGCGAGACAAAUCAGCUUUAUUUUAC